GGGUGCGGCUCCAGGAAACGGCGCGCUCUGCUCGCUCGCUGCUUCGCGCUCCAGCCACCCAACGCGCCCCAGACGACCCCGCCGACUCACUCAGACCACCCCACGGGCCCCUGCGGCGACAACGGGGAGAGCGGGCCUGGGUCCGAGCCUCAGUCAACUCCGCAAGGACGGGGCGGGCGGCACGGAUCAGAGCCCAAGGAGCAAUGGGGACCUGGACUGGGCCAGCGGUCGCGGGCCAGCGGGAGCCCUUAGCCUGAGAAGCGGACGACGGGGCUGGGGCCAUGACCUCGGUGUGGAAGCGCCUGCAGCGGGUGGGCAAGCGGGCGGCCAAGUUCCAGUUUGUGGCCUGUUACCAUGAGCUGGUGUUGGAGUGCACCAAGAAAUGGCAGCCGGAUAAGCUGGUGGUGGUAUGGACCCGGCGGAACCGACGCAUCUGCUCCAAGGCCCACAGCUGGCAGCCAGGCAUCCAGAACCCAUACCGGGGCACCGUGGUGUGGAUAGUUCCUGAGAAUGUGGACGUCUCUGUGACCCUCUACAGGGACCCACAUGUGGACCAGUAUGAGGCCAAAGAGUGGACGUUUAUUAUUGAGAAUGAGUCCAAGGGGCAGCGGAAGGUGCUGGCCACGGCCGAGGUGGACCUGGCCUGCCAUGCGGGGCCUGUGCCUGCCCAUGUUCCGCUGCGGCUGCGGCUGAAGCCCAAGUCGGUGAAGGUGGUGCACGCUGAGCUGAGCCUCACUCUCUCAGGGGUGCUGCUGCGGGAGGGCCGUGCCACGGACGAUGACAUGCAGAGUCUUGCAAGCCUCAUGAGCGUGAAGCCUAGUGAUGUGGGCAACUUGGACGACUUUGCUGAGAGUGACGAGGAUGAGGCUAAUGGCCCAGGGGCCCCUGAGGCCCGGGCUCGAGUGCCCCAGCCAGCCCCCUCUAGGGAGCUGAAGACACUUUGUGAGGAGGAGGAGGAGAGCCGAGUACGAUCUCGGCAGGCAGCUGCCAGUCCUAGUGCCGAGGAUACCAGCCCAGUCCCUGUGAGUGUCCCUGUGCCCCCGACCAGGGCCUCUCGGGGCCAGGGGUCAGAACCAGCUACUGUAGCAGGGGGCCAGGUGGGGCCUGAGGGCCCAAGGCCCCCGGGAACCCCAGCAGAGAUGAGGUCUUUGAGGCAGCCAGGCCAGGACAUGGCCCCCGCCCCAGCUCCUCGCCUCCGGAAAGGCUCUGACACCCCCCGGCCCCCAGUCCCCCAAGGGGAGGAUGAAGUCCCCAAAGCCUCAGGGGCUCCCCCAGCAGGGAUGGGUUCUGCCAGGGAGACCCAGGCCCAGGCAAACCUUCAGGAAGGGAUGGAGGCCCAAGGAGCUAGGCUGGGCCUAGGCAUUGAGGAUGAAGGCUCCAGAGACUCUUUGGGAGGGCAGAAACCCAGGGUUGAAGAGGGGACCACUGGGGACAGACCAGAGGCCAGUGGGAUGGACACUGAGCACAGGUCAGGAGUUGGAGAGGUGAGCACUAAGAGGCCAGGGGUCAGAGUGGGGCAGGCUGAAGAGAGUUCAGAAGUUUGUCAAGUAGAUGCUGAGCAGAAGUCAAAAGUGAGGCAUGUGGACACUAAGGGACCAGAGGCUACAGGGGUGAUGCCUGAGGCAAGAUUCAGGGGUACUCCUGAGGCUCCUCCAAGGGGCUCUCAGGGGAGGAUGGGAGUUAGGACCAGGGAUGAGGCUCCCACUGGCCUGAGCCCACCGGCAGCAGAGCCUGCAGGGCACUCUGAGCAUCUCGGUGACCUCAAAGGGGCCAGGGCUGCCUCGGGCCAGGAGAGAGAGGGUGCAGAGGUGAGGGGUGGAGCCCUUGGUGUUGGGGGGACAGGCCUGGAGCAGGGCCCCUCUGUUGGAGCAACAAGCACCAGGCCCCAGGUGAGCAGGUGUCAGGGGGCCCAGUCAUUAGCUGAUCAGGGGGCAAUGUCUAAGGACCUGGGGGUCUGGGAGACAGAAGCUGGGGAGUCAAGGGUCCUGGGAGCAGAGACUGAGGUGGCAGAGUUGGAGGUAUUGCAGACUCGGGAGGGAGAAGUGGGGGGCUCAGGCGUCCCAGAGCUAGAGACUGGGACAUUAGAAGCUGAGACACUGGGGGCCCAGGAGAUAGAGACAGCAAGAUCAGGGGUCCUGGAGUCAGGGGCUGCUGGGACAGCAGAGUCUGAGGUACUGGGGACCCAAGAAACAGAGGCUCAGGGUUCAGGUGUUCUGGGGACAAGAACUAGGAUAACAGAGAUUGAGAUACUGGGGACCCAGGAAAUAUCUGAGGGUUCAGGGGUACUGAGGAUAGAAGAUAAGAUAGCAGAAUCUGAUAUAUUGGGGGCCCUGGAGACAAAGGUGGAAGGUUCCAAGAUACCAGAGACAGAGGCUGGGGGGACAGAGGCUGAAAUAUUGAGGACCCAAGAGAUAGCAGCUGAGAGUUCAGGGCUCCCAAGGAUAGAAGCUGAGGUAGCAGGGACCCAGGAGACAGAGGUAGGGGGUUCUGGGGUUCUAGGGACAGAGGCUGGGACAGCAGAAGCUGAGAUAUUGGGGACCCAGGAGAUAACAACUGGGGGUUCACAGGUCCCAGGGAUAAAAGCUGAGACAGCAGAGUCUGGGAUAUUGGGGGCCCAGAAAACAGAGAUAGAGGAUUCAGGGGUUCCAGUGAUAGAGAUUGGGACAGCAGAAGCAGAGAUACUGGAGACCCAGGCAAUAGCAUCUGGGGAUUCAGGGGUCCCAGGGAUAGAAUCUGAGACAUUGGGGGCACAGGAGACAGAGAUGGCGGAUUCAGGGGUCUCAGGCAUAGAGGCUGGAAUGGCAGACACUGAGGUACUGACGACCCGACAGACAGAAACUACGGUUUCACAGGCUGAGAAGACAGAAGCUGAGACUUCCAGGGUCCAGGAAUCGGAGACUGGAGUCUGGAGGACUCUCAGAUAUGAGAGUUUAAGGGCCCCAGUGAGUAACCCAAGAGUUUUGGGGUCCCAGGAAGCAGAGGCAGAGAUUUCAGGAGUACGAGAGCCAGAAACUAAAAUUUUGAGGGUUCAGGAGGCAGAGGCUGGGGUUUUGGGGGUGUCAGAGGCCAAAUCUGGGGAUUGGGAGGCCCAGGAAGCAGAGAUGGAGGUUUUAGGGCCUCCAGAGAACGAAUCUGGUGUUUUUGAGGCCCAGGAAGCAGAGGCUGGGGUCUUGGGAAAGAAGAAGGGGAAAGAAGCUGAGGGAAGCCUCCCAGAGGCCAGUCUGACUGAAGUGCAGGUGGCCGGUGGGACAGGGGCUGGGGUGCCCAGGCCCUUGGGGGCCUCUUCCCCAGAGGAGCCUGAAGAGGACAGGAGGCUGCCGGGCAGCCAGGCACCACCUGCCCCGGUCAGCUCCAGCCAGUCUCUGCUGGAGUGGUGCCAGGAAGUCACUGCUGGCUACCGUGGCAUCCGCAUCACCAACUUCACCACAUCCUGGCGCAACGGCUUAGCAUUCUGUGCCAUCCUGCACCGAUUCUACCCAGACAAGAUUGACUAUGCCUCCCUUGACCCACUCAACAUCAAGCAGAACAACAAGCAGGCCUUCGAUGGCUUCGCGGCCCUGGGCGUGUCGCGGCUGCUGGAGCCAGCGGACAUGGUGCUGCUGUCUGUGCCUGACAAGCUCAUCGUCAUGACGUACCUGUGCCAGAUCCGCGCCUUCUGCACCGGGCAGGAGCUGCAGCUGGUGCAGCUGGAGGGCGGCGGCGGCGCCGGCACCUACCGCGUGGGCAGCGCCCAGCCCAGCCCGCCCGACGACCUGGACGCCGGCGGCCUGGCGCAGCGGCUGCGCGAGCACGGUUCCGAUGUGCCCAAGGAGCCCCAGGAGGCUGCGAACCGCGCGGACGGGGUGGCCCCGGAGGCGGCCUCCAGGGGUGUGGACGCGAGCCGAGCCUCCAAAGACGGCGGGGCCGAGGCCGCACGGGAAGGGCGCUCCGCGGAGGCCCCGGCCGACGGCUCUGGAGCCCGGGCGCCGGUGCUCGCGGCCGAGGGGCUGGUGAACGGGGCGGGGGCGCCGGGCGGCGGGGGCGGCGUGAGGCUGAGGCGGUCGUCGGUCAACGGGGAGGCAGGGCCGGUGCCCCCGCCGCGCGCGCACGGCUCCUUCUCCCACGUGCGCGACGCCGACCUGCUGAAGAAGAGGCGCUCGCGGCUGCGGAACAGCAGCUCCUUCUCCGUGGACGACCCGGACUCGGGAGCCGCGGGAGCUGCGGAAGGCCUGGGCCCUGACCCCAGCCCUGCUCCUGGCCCACCCACAGCCACAGCCUCUCAACAGACCCCUGGUGGGAGUCCCCCAUCAGAGGAGCCACCACCAAGCCCAGGGGAGGAGGCUGGACUGCAACGGUUCCAGGACACAAGUCAGUAUGUGUGUGCAGAGCUACAGGCCCUGGAACAGGAGCAGAGGCAGAUAGAUGGGCGUGCGGCUGAGGUGGAGACGCAGCUGAGGAGCCUCAUGGAGUCAGGUGCCAACAAGCUGCAGGAGGAGGUGCUGAUCCAGGAGUGGUUCACCCUAGUCAACAAGAAGAAUGCUCUCAUCCGGAGGCAGGACCAGCUGCAGCUGCUCAUUGAGGAGCAGGACCUGGAGCGGAGGUUCGAGCUGCUGAGCCGAGAGCUGCGGGCCAUGCUGGCCAUCGAAGACUGGCAGAAAACAGCCGCGCAGCAGCACCGAGAGCAGCUCCUGCUGGAGGAGCUGGUGUCGUUGGUGAACCAGCGCGACGAGCUGGUCCGGGAUCUGGACCACAAGGAGCGAAUUGCCCUGGAGGAGGACGAGCGACUGGAGCGCGGCCUGGAGCAGCGGCGCCGCAAGCUGAGCCGCCAGCUGAGCCGGCGCGAACGCUGCACGCUGAGCUGAGGCCGCGCCGACCCGGGAGGCCUUCGCCGCUCCCCACAGGCCCGGACCGCAGCCUCGCUCGCCGCGCGGCCUGCGCGGCGGAGGACCGGCCCCACCGACGGCAAGGGCGACCGCCAGGGGGCGCCCCUUCCUGGGGCCGGUGGGGGGACGCAGCCCCUCGGCCGGACUGACGCGAGCGGCUGGGCGGCCGCGCUGUAUUUAUUUGCCUGUAGGCGUGUGCGCGUGUCCGCGGUGGGCUGGGGGUCCCGGGAGUGCCGCGCGGAGCCCCUCCCUGGCGGCAGGGCCCCGGCCGGCGAGUACCGUGGAGAGGGACGGCCCGGGGACCGCCGCCGUCCCUGCCCUCCUCCCGGUCCUGUUAUGACACGCAAUAAAGUUGGACAAGGGUA